UCUUAGUUUUUGAGAAAUUUUCGUUCUUUUUGUUUGUUUCAUAUGCACAAAGACUGGGAGAGCAUAAGCAUUGUUCAUUUCCUUCUAUGAACUAUGCAAAACUUAGCUCUAUCAUGUAUAUCAUUGAGUGGGAAAACCAAAUCAGGAGCUUAUUUUGUCUCCAAUGAUUGAGUUGCUUUGCUAAAACACAAUAAGCUUCUGCAUAAGUAGAGGGAGAUGACUAUGGAAGUUACUUCUGAAUCUCAGCAACAUUCUCUCUACCACCACCAAAGCCAGCCAACUCCAGCAAUAGCUAUCUCCAACACCAUGUCAAAUAGCUUCUCAGCUUCCCAGCACUACAAUGGUGAUUUUCUGUCUCCCCUGUCUGUAAUGCCGCUCAAGUCAGAUGGGUCUCUUUGUAUCAUGGACUCAAUCAGCAGAUCACAAACUCCAGAAACAUUGCCAAACAUCUCCCCAAAACUUGAGGACUUUCUUGGUGGUGCAACUCAUGGAAGAGAGACGGCCACAGCUCUAAGCUUAGACAGCAGAUAUUACAAUCAAAAUCCUGAGGCUAACUCUGAGAGACAACAAAGUAUUCUUCUUCAUUCUCAGCGAUACUAUUCAGGAAUGUUCCAUUAUCCUGCUGAGGAUGUCAACAAGGAGUCUCAUAUUGCAAGUUAUUGCUCUGAAAUUCGACAAGAUAUGGAGCAGCGCAUCAAUGGCUGCUUUGGAGGAGGGAGGAAUUGCCAAGACUUGCAGACACUUAGCUUGUCCAUGAGCCCUGGCUCUCAGUCUAGUUGUGUUACUACACCAAGCCAAAUUUCUCAAUCUGGACAAGCCACCAUGGAGACAAAGAAAAGGGCUUUGGCUGAUCGAAAGCAGCCGGUCCAUCGGAAGUCGUUCGACACGUUCGGACAAAGAACUUCACAGUAUAGAGGUGUUACAAGACAUAGAUGGACCGGUAGAUAUGAGGCUCAUUUGUGGGACAAUAGUUGUAAGAAGGAAGGUCAAACCAGGAAAGGGAGACAAGUUUAUCUCGGUGGCUAUGAUAUGGAGGAGAAAGCAGCAAGAGCCUAUGAUCUUGCAGCUCUCAAGUACUGGGGACCCUCCACACACUUAAACUUCCCAUUGAAGAACUAUGAACUUCAAAUUGAAGAAAUGAUGAACAUGAACCGCCAAGAAUAUGUCGCGCACCUGAGAAGGAAAAGCAGUGGAUUCUCGAGGGGAGCUUCCAUAUACAGAGGAGUAACUAGACAUCAUCAGAAUGGGAGAUGGCAAGCUCGGAUUGGAAGAGUCGCGGGGAACAAAGACCUUUAUCUUGGAACAUUUGGCACACAAGAGGAAGCUGCAGAAGCAUAUGACAUAGCAGCUAUCAAGUUCCGUGGCAUAAACGCCGUGACAAACUUCGACACUUCAAGGUACGACGUAGAAAGGAUCAUGGCAAGCAGUAGCCUCCUUUCAGGAGAAUUUGCCAGACGAAAUAGAGAGCACAAACCAACCAAUGCCAUCAAACAUGAAGAACCAAAGCAGAACAUCCCUCGAACCGAUCCCGCGGAAGUAUACAACAACAAUUUAGAUUGGAGGACGGUAUUCCACGACAACCUGCUGCUGGAUCCAAGCGCAAGCAUUGAAUCCACAGACCAAAAGUCCAUGGCCUCGAGCGGCGGAUACCUGAAUAAUCUGAUCGGAGUCGUCGUCGAAACUGAAGGUUCAAGCAAGUACAAGGCUCACUUCUCCAAUGCUUCAUCUGUGGUGAGCAGCUUGAGCAGCUCAAGGGAAACUAGUCCUGACAAGCCAAAUGGCUCCUCCUGGUUCCAUUUGGAAGCAAUGGAAGAAGUAUAUGGCUCCCAUCACCACCGCAAAUGAGGCCAGCUCCUAUUUCUUUGCCUGUUGUGUCAACUGUUGUUUGGAAUGAUGCCUAAGACAAAGCUUCGUUCCAUGUCCUCUCUUCAUUGUUAAAAAAACAUGUAAUGAACUGUCAGAACUGCACUCACGAACACAAGAAUCUAAUCCAAAUCCAAUCCACCUUGUUUUCCUCGAA